AUGUGGAAUGGUGAUGUAUCUGAGUUCAGAAUCAACGGUGGGAUUGAGAAAGUAACGGAUCAUAUUAGACUCAAGUGUAUAGGUUCCAGUGGAAGUAGAACCGGAUUGGAGUUAGGGAACAUGGGCAAACUUGAUGAUGAAGCUGAGAUACAGAAUCUGUCCAAAGGAGAGGAGAGGAGGAAAUGUGUUGUCUUCGACAUGAAUCGUUGA